UUAAUUAAACUUUAAACCCUGAUUUAAUUCACCUUUACGGCUUUACCUAUCAAAAAAUUUCUUUAAGAGAGAGUAAGUAAAGCAUUGAAGCAGAAGAGAAAGAAAAAUAAAAGAACUGUGAGUGAUAUUGAUAUACAUUUACUCUCUCUCUCUCGUUGUCACUUAUCACACACACUGCAACCCAUUCACAUCUUUGUCUUCCACCUCUCUCCCUCUCUCUCUCUCUUUGUAAAAUGGAAAAACCAGUGUUUGCACCAUGGCGGUCCGACCCAGUUUUCCGGCCACCGGAGACACCGUUAGAGCCGAUGGAGUUUCUCUCUCGCUCUUGGAGCGUUUCAGCUCACGAAGUCUCCAAAGCCCUCACUCCUCCUCAGCAACUCCUCUCAAAACCUUCAAUCGAAAGCACAACCGUCAUUCUCGAAGAGGAACCACAACAACCCAUCGCCGCCGGCGAGAACGAGACGGAGGAGAACGGUUUAGUCUCCGGAAACCCUUUCUCUUUCGCUUGCUCCGAGACUUCUCAGAUGGUCAUGGAUCGUAUCUUGUCUCAGUCUCAGGAAGUGUCUCCACGAACAUCUGGUCGGCUUUCUCACAGCAGCGGUCCUCUCAAUGGUUCUUUAACCGACAGUCCUCCGAUUUCGCCUCAUGAAGUCGACGACAUUAAGCAAUUUUGCAGAACAAACAACAAUAUAAACAACUACAACUCUCAGUUCCGUUCCACGGGCUCAACUCCAGGACCUAUCACUGCAACAACCACACAGUCCAAGACUGUGGGACGGUGGAUCAAAGACCGGAGGGAGAAAAAGAAGGAAGAGACGAGGGCUCACAAUGCUCAGAUACACGCUGCUGUCUCUGUUGCUGGCGUGGCUGCAGCGGUGGCUGCGAUCGCGGCUGCAACUGCUGCUUCAUCGAGCUAUGGGAAAGAUGAGAAUAUGGCUAAAACGGAUAUGGCUGUGGCUUCUGCUGCAACACUUGUGGCUGCUCAAUGUGUGGAGGCUGCUGAAGUUAUGGGAGCUGAGAGGGAUCAUUUAGCCUCAGUUGUUAGCUCUGCUGUUAAUGUUCGAUCCGCGGGAGAUAUCAUGACACUAACUGCUGGAGCAGCCACAGCGUUAAGAGGAGUAGCUACAUUGAAGGCGAGGGCAAUGAAGGAGGUGUGGAACAUUGCAUCAGUUAUUCCAAUGGAUAAAGGAAUCAAUCCUGGAGGUUGUAGCAAUGUUAAUGGUAAUAGUAACGGUAGCAAUGGUAGCUCGAGCAGCAGUCACAGUGGCGAAUUUCUAGUUGAGGAUAAUUUCUUGGGACAUUGCAACAGAGAAUGGCUCGCUCGGGGUUGCCAACUCCUCAAACGCACCCGCAAAGGAGAUCUUCAUUGGAAAAUAGUCUCAGUUUACAUAAACAGGCUAAAUCAAGUUAUGUUGAAGAUGAAGAGCAAGCAUGUUGGAGGGACCUUCACAAAGAAGAAUAAAAAUGUUGUGAUUGAUGUGAUCAAAAACAUUCCGGCUUGGCCAGGCCGCCAUUUGCUAGAAGGAGGAGAGGAUUUGAGAUACUUUGGAUUAAAGACAGUUCCCCGAGGGAUAGUAGAAUUUGAGUGCAGAAGCCAGAGAGAGUAUGAAAUGUGGACACAAGGUGUCUCAAGGCUUCUUGCUGUUGCUGCCGAGAGGAAUAAUAGAUAUAGGAUAUGAAGUAGUUUAAGAGUUUAGAGCUACUUUUUGAGGGGGUGAAAUCUAACUUAUGGGGCCAAACUAGAACUUGGAGAAAAGAUAAGGGUAAUGUAUAUAAAUGGACCCUCAAGGGGUUGUUGGUUAAGCAAAACUUGGUGUAUGAAUUUUGUUUUCAUUUAGUGUUGUUUUGUUUUGUAAAAAAAGUGUUUAAUUUUAAGUUCAAUAUAUGAAAAGGGUAUCUUGUGUGUCUA